AUGGGGUUGUUUAGCUUGUUUUCAUUCAUCACUGCCACCAUAUUACUGGGAUGUGUUCUCGGUGACCAUUAUCAUCCGUCCGCGCCCGGCAGUCGCACUAGCUCAGCAAAGCGCGAAGAAAUGGAUCCCAAGUUUUGGAAUGACAAGGCGCAGGCAGGCAUCCAGGCUCGCCUCGCACGGCUGCAGGCUGCCAACAGGGCGCGCAACGUGGUCAUGUUCCUGGGCGACGGCAUGUCUAUGCCCACGAUAUCUGCGGCGCGCGCACUGCUCGGCCAGCGCCGCGGAGACACCGGCGAGGAGGCUGAGCUGACGUUCGAUACUUUUCCUACUGUUGGUUUAAUAAAGACGUACUGCGUGGACGCUCAGGUAGCUGACUCCGCCUGUAGUGCCACUGCAUACUUGUGCGGAGUGAAAACAAAUUACGGUGUCCUUGGCGUGAACGCAGCUGUUCCGCGAACUGACUGCGAAGCUUCGGUGGACAAGACCACACACUUGCAGUCUAUCGUCGACUGGGCUCUGGCGGACGGACGAGACACCGGUAUCGUGACAACAACGCGAAUUACACAUGCAUCUCCUGCUGGCGCGUAUGCUAAGACUGCUGAUCGGUAUUGGGAAAGCGAUGCUGACGUUAAGAAAGCCGGCUUCGACACCGACCGCUGCCCCGACAUUGCUCACCAGCUCAUACACAACCACCCUGGAAACAAACUAAAGGUUAUUUUUGGUGGAGGUAGAGCCAACUUUUUGCCCAACUCUAUCCGCGAUGAUGAACAAACGUUUGGCAGCCGAACUGAUAACCGGAAUUUGAUCCAAGAAUGGCAGCAGGAUAAAGUGGACCGCAAUAUUAAACACGAGUACUUUUGGCAUCGUGAGCAAUUAAUGCGUGCUAAAAGCGAUUUGCCAGAAUACAUGUUGGGCUUGUUCGAGAGUGGUCAUAUGCAAUAUAAUAUGCUAGCUAACCAAACAACAGAGCCUACACUGGCUGAAAUGACUGAGGUGGCAAUCCGAUCUCUAAGUAGAAACGAGAAGGGCUUCUUCUUGUUCGUAGAAGGUGGUCGCAUCGACCACGCGCACCACGACAACUACGCAGAGCUGGCGCUGGACGAGACGCUGGAGAUGGACAAGGCUGUGGCACGCGCCGCCGAGCUGCUCUCUGAGGACGACUCGCUUAUUGUGGUUACCGCGGACCACUCCCACGUCUUAGCUUACAAUGGUUAUGCACCACGUGGAAAUGACAUCUUGGGCACUUCAGUGUUUUAUGCAAAUUACACAUGGGAUGGCAUGCCUUACAUGACUCUAUCAUACACCAAUGGACCAGGCUUCCGUCAUCAUGUCAACGAUGGCCGACCCAAUGUGACCGAUGAAGAAAAUUAUGGUACGGUAAAGUGGCAUUCACCUGUUGACGUACCGCUGAGUUAUGAAACUCACGGUGGAGACGAAGUAGUGGUGUUUGCGCGCGGGCCGCACCACUCCAUGUUCACGGGGCUGUACGAGCAGAGCCAGCUGCCGCACCUCAUGGCGUACGCCGCCUGCAUCGGCCCCGGCAGACACGCCUGCAGCGCCGCCACGCAUGCGCUGGCACAGCCUGUCCUGCUACUCACUCUCUUUAUUCUGUUAGCUUCCUUUGGAGUAAAAUGA